AUGCCCCAACCUCCAGCCCGACCUCCAGGCCUAGGCUUUGAAACAGCCAGCCCGAGUAAACCGGUCUCGAUGCAGUAUGCAUUAGAGACUCCAGAAGGUAUUUACGUACCGCUAGAGGCAUUGCUGGUGCCCAUGCCCUCGUCAAUACAGACUGACCUCGCCUCGGGGGCCGUCAAUCCGCUCGCCGCUGAUUUGGCUCAACCCAUGGCGGCUACACGGGGUUGCCGAUUCGCUGAAAUUCCGUCGUCGUCGUUACAGUCGCCCCAGAGCAGCGGCAAUGGCCGGCACAAGCCCAAGCUCUCGUUGUUGAGAAACAAGGCAUCGGUGAUUUCAAUGGCUGUCGUGUACGAAGGGUACGCCAAACGACUACUAGAGGGCCAAAGCUCAUCGCUGGCAUGGGUGAAUAUUGGCCGUAUUUUGGCUCUAAUGGAUCUGGACAUCAAUGCACCGAACCGAAACCAACAGCUUGCCAAGAUCAUGUUCACUCAGGCUUGGCCCAUUGUAGCCGACGUGAACCGGUUCUCGGCGUCACCCACACAGCUAGAUCUUGCAGUUGGUUUGUCUAACGGCGAGGUUUUGUGGAUCGAAAGUAUUUCCAACCGGUUCUCUCGCAUGAACAAAGACGGCACUUUGGCGUCAAACGCGCCAGCUACCGCCAUCGCCUGGGUACCGCAAUCCUCGACAAUUGUGGCAGUUGGCUAUGGAAAUGGGUCAGUCGGUAUAUAUGAUGUUGAAAGGGAAGAUGGCGCACCGCUGUCCACUCCGAACACUGCGCAUCACGUGAACCUCUCUACGCCGUCUCUAAAGGUUAUUCAAUCUGGCACAACUCCGCACAAAAGCAACCCCAUUGCCUUUUACAAUGUUUCAAACGAUCAGAUCACUGCUCUGAAGUUCAAUGGCGGUGGUAUUCUUGCUGUGUCUUCGCGGGAUGGCUAUGUGCGGAUUAUUGAUAUGGCGGAACAAAGAGUGUCUGAUAUCUUGCCGUCGUAUUUCGGCGCAGUCACCUGCAUGGAAAUCUCGCCUGACUCCAAGUAUUUAGUUAUUGGUGGUGAAGAUGAUUGUUUGGGAAUUUACAAUCUGGAGACGAUGGACAUCGUAGCUCGGCUAGAGGGCCACAGAGCGUUUGUAUUAGCAGUUGCCUUUGACAUUUUUCAAACAGAAGCAGCUACAUAUAGAAUUGGUUCGGUGGGUGAAGACGGAAGAAUCAUUCUCUGGGACUUUUCUCCGGAUACCCUGCCUCACCGGCUGAGCGGGGAGAUGAAGCGACCAACAAUGCUGGGAGACAGCCAGGUACACCCGUUUGUACCUCAUUCGGAUGUUCCUGUCAUAUUCCCUGUCGCUCAGUCUGCACCGGAAAUCGAGGGCCUCGAGCCUGCUUCAUUCUGUGAUAUUCUAUUUGACAAGGGCGCCAUUUCGGCGACCACCUCUGACGGGAUUAUAUUUUCAUGGCAACGGCCGCAAGUGUGA